GGGUCAAUAAAUGAUGAAUCUCUUGAGGAGGCACCCUUCGUUGACGAAUUCCUUAUAGAAGACGAUAAUGAAGGACUACCUCCAGCUCCCAGUUGUUAUACAGCCUCAGCCAUAGCAUCGAGCAGAGAAGACUGCUGGGGAGAAAAGGAAGACCCUUACCUCCACUACCUUCUAACUCGAGAGGAUGAAGAGGAAGGAUGGUACGGGAUGGUGGAACAAGCCGCGGUUGCAGCUCAUGAGCUGGCAGAGAGUUCAAGGAUGGUUGAGCGAAGGCUGAAUGAGAUAGAGGAAGAACGAGAAGACCCUGAGCAAGAUAAAGGCGCUGAAGAAAGAUUUAGGAAGGAUGAGUAUGAUGGAGAAAAUAAGAGGAUCGGUAUGGUAAUGAGCAGUAAUCAGUUGGAUGAAUUCUAUCAUGAGAAAACAAAGAGAACCUUUAGGCUGCGUAGGGGUCACCUUUUUGUGGAUGCUAAGGAAGGACUACCACCACUGAGAGUAGUAUGUGGUAAGGAAAGGCAACUAGAUGUGAUCGCCGCACUGCAUGAGGGUCUAGCAGGGGUCCAUAGAGGAGCUGAUGCUACAUACUAUAAAGUAUCUCGACUAUAUCACUGGGAUGGUCUAAGGGAUAUGAUUAUGAGAUAUUGUAAGUCAUGUGAAGCCUGUCAGAAAAGGUCAUCUAUGAGAUUGAUUGAAACCUUAUACCCCACUGUUCUUGUUGAACCUGGCAGUACUGUUCACCUUGAUCUAAUUACUAUGCCACAUGGUAAGGAUGGAAUGAAAUAUGUAYUGAACAUGAGAGAUAACAUGUCUGGUUAUGUUGAAGCAAAAACCAUCCGUAAGAAAAUUGCAAAGACAGUGGCAGAUUGGAUCGAGGAAAUCUACCUGAGGUACCCCUUUAUACGUGAGUUUGUGGCUGAUCAGGGGUCAGAGUUCAAGAACGAGAUGGUCAGGAGGCUCAUGUUCAGACUUGGAGUCAGGAUCAGAUUUGUGACACCAUAUCAUCCUCAGGCUAAUGCACCAGUGGAAAGAGGUCACAGGACACUGAAGGAUGCUAUAUCAAAAUGGUGCCAAGGCAACUCCAGGAACUGGCCAUCUUUCUUAAGGGUGGCAAUCUAUGCUGACAAUGUGACUGUCAAACGAACUACAGGUUAUGCGCCUAUUACACUCUGGUAUGACAGGUAUGCUACUUCUCCCAUUGAGAACCUGGUUGAGACCUGGACCCAUGAGGCGCAGAGAGAGUCAUACUCCACAGAGGAGUUGCUGAGGUUAAGAAUCAGGCAGAUCAAGGAAGUGGAUGAGACCAUAAUUGAGGCCACGAAGAGGAUGUCAGACAGCAGGUUAUCUGAUCAGACACGAUGGAACAGCAAGAGGUACAUCAGGAAGGAACGACUUCAGGCUUAUCGAAAGCCUCUUUACGGAGAUCGCUUUCUCGACGUUUCCUACAUUUACUCUGGUGGGGGAGGACGUAUUGAGAUAUUGAUUGGAGCUUCAGGCGACAUCAUUCUUGCGGAGGAGCUUUACCUCAGGAGCGUCGCAGAUGAGGAGAUGGCCAGCUGCAUGACCUAUAUCUGCAAGAUUGAUCCAGCAGCGCCUCUCGAGAUCAGCUAUGUGGUUCCAGAUUCUGCUGCUGCUGCUGAUCUGCUGCUGCGACUGCGACUGCGGCUGCUGCUGCGGCUGCUGGAAGCUGCUGCUGCUGCUGUUGGUAAUGAUGAUGAAGAUGCUGCCGGUGCACCUCGUGAUGGUGGUGGUGCUGCCGCAGUUGCUGGUACUGAUGCUGCUGCUGUUGGUGGUGAUGAUGAAGAUGCUGCCAGUGCACCUGGUGACGGUGGUGGUGCUGCUGCAGUUGCUGGUACAGCUGCUGCUGCUGCUGCUGCUGCUGCUGCUGCUGCUGCUGCUGCGUGAAGUAUUGCUGCAGAUGAUUUGACCUUUCGAGCUCCUCAGGAAAUAAAUCGGUAAUGACAUC